AUGACGGACUUCACGGUUCUGACUGUUCGCUCUGCCAUCCCAUUCGAGCGAGGGUAUCGAGGGGAGGAGCCAAGUACCAAGUCGUACACAGAAUUAGUUGAUGUGCUGAGGAAACACCUCGCCCCCAAACCGCUUGUUAUCGCAGAGAGGUUUCGCUUUCACAAGCGUGAUCAGCGUGAGGGAGAAUCAGUUACUGCAUAUCUCGCUGAACUUAGACGAUUGACAGAAUAUUGCGAAUUUGGGAGUUAUCUCAAUGACGCACUUCGUGAUCGUCUAGUGUGUGGUCUGCGGGCUGGCAACAUCACUAAACGUCUACUCGCUGAAGCUAAGCUCACAUUCAAGAAAGCGAUUGAGAUAGCUACAGCUAUGGAAGCUGCUGCUAAAGACGCAGUUGAAUUUCAACAACAGCUGAAACCAGAGACUUCGGUCCACAAAUUCGCAGCCAAACCGCAACCAACUUCAACAUCGACAUGCUAUCGCUGUGGGAAAUCUGGUCAUUCUCCCAACCAGUGUCACUUCAAAGACGCUACGUGUCAUGGAUGCAACAAGAAAGGUCACAUCCGACCAGUCUGCCGCUCGAGUGCUAGUCCACAACAGGCUAGUCGCCCACGUAACUCUCGCAAAGGCCGACCACAAGGAGGAAAAGCGAAGGCGAAACACAUGAAAUCAGUCGAGGAAGCCAGUAGCGACGACGACAUGACCUACGUCGGUCGACUCGGAGUCAACAAUCUGGAUCAUCGCAAAGAUAGCACGAUCUGGUUGACCCCAUCGAUUAAUGGCACAAAUAUUCGCAUGGAACUUGACACAGGUUCGGCUGUAUCUGUAAUCUCCAAGGCAGACUACCAGCGACAUUUCGCGAAUUCGAAACUCGAGUCAACUCCAGUCAAAUUGCAGACCUACACUGGUGAAAAGGUAUCACCAGUUGGUUGUCUGCAAGUGGACAUCUGCUACCAGGAACAACGACACACCGGACUGUUGUAUGUUGUUCAACGCGGUGGGCCAGCAUUGUUUGGUCGCGAUUGGCUCGCCCACUUCAAACUGGACUGGCCGAGCAUUUUCGCCAUAUCAUCUGAGCAUCCGCCAGUGAACAUGGAGGCUAAGUUACAAGCCUUGUUAGACUCGUAUCCUGAACUCUUCAAGGACGAAAUUGGGGAACGCACAGACAUACGAGCAAAAUUGACUCUCAAAGAUAAUGCUCACCCAGUGUUCCUCAAGGCAAGACAAGUGCCAUAUGCACUGAGACCCCAAGUUGAAGCUGAGCUCGCCAAGCUUCAACAGCAGAACAUUAUCUCACCAGUAGAGACUAGUGAAUGGGCCACACCCAUAGUGCCCGUUCCAAAGAAAAAUGGUGGGGUAAGAAUUUGCGGUGACUUCAAAGUGACUGUUAACGCCAACUUGCAUGUUGACCAUUACCCCUUGCCCAAGAUCGACGACGUGUUCGCCACCCUGGCAGGCGGACAGCACUUCAGUAAGCUUGACCUCAAACAAGCAUACUUACAUAUGGUAAUGGACGAGGAGUCAAGCAAGCUACUCACUCUCAACACUCACAAGGGACUGUUCAAAAUGAAUCGACUUGCCUUCGGAGUAGCAUCAGCACCCGCAAUAUGGCAACGGACAAUGGAGCAAAUCAUCCAGGGCAUUCCAGGUGUGCAGUGCAUUCUGGAUGAUAUGCUCAUCACCGGUCGCGAUAACACAGAACAUCUUCGUAAUCUGGAGAAAGUUCUAUCUGUGUUGCGCGAUCGAGGACUGCGUCUCAACAUAUCCAAGUGCGAGUUCUUCAAGAGCAAGCUCUUGGAGAAAAAUCACAAAUGGGCGUGGUCUACAGAAUGUGAGACAGCAUUCGAGCAGGCAAAAACUCUGAUCACAUCUGAGGAAGUCUUGACCCACUACGACCCAAAGUUGCCAGUCAAAUUAGCUUGCGAUGCAUCACCGUACGGGCUGGGCUCCGUCAUGUCCCACGUAAUGCCCGACAACACGGAGCGACCAAUCGCAUAUGCUUCGCGAACAUUGUCAUCCGCUGAGCGAAACUACUCGCAAAUCGACAAGGAAGCCUUAGCCCUCGUGUGGGGUGUCAAGAAAUUCAACAACUAUCUGUGUGGGCGGAAGUUCACAUUGGUGACUGAUCACCAACCGCUCACGUCAAUAUUUCAUCCCGCUAAGAGCAUCCCUGCAAUGACAGCUUCUCGCAUGGUUCGCUACGCUGUAUUCCUUGCCAGCUACGACUACGAAAUUGAGUACAAGAGUACCACCAAACACUGUAACGCGGAUGGACUUUCGCGAAUGCCACUUCCUGAGGUCAGGGUAGAGCACACUGACCCAGAUGAUAUCCUACACUUGUCGCAAUUCGACACAUUGCCAGUCACCAGUGCCCAAAUACGCAAGGAAACUGCUCGCGAUGUCGUACUCGCCAAAGCUUACGAGUACACUAUGAAGGGCUGGCCUCACUCCCACGACUCUGAACUGAAUCCAUUCCACGCACGUAGGCAUGAACUUUCCGUACACAACGGAUGCCUCAUGUGGGGAUUACGCGUUGUAGUGCCAGCCAAGCUACGCGACAAGGUCCUCAUCGAGCUACAUGAAGGUCACCUGGGGGUUGUCAAAAUGAAAACCCUCGCACGCGGUUACAUGUGGUGGCCUGGCAUCGACAGUGACAUUGAAAAACUUGCCAAAGGUUGUUCUGGAUGCCAGCUAGUCCAGCACAACCCUAAGUCAGCACCACUUCACACAUGGGAAUGGCCCAUGUCUCCAUGGCAACGUAUCCACAUUGACUAUGCUGGACCGUUCCUCGGUCAAAUGUUUUUGAUCGUAGUGGAUGCACACUCCAAAUGGCCAGAAGUGGUAAGCACCAAAUCCUCCGAUUCUUCUCACACCAUUGAUAUUCUGAGAGCCAUCUUCGCGAGAAAUGGAGUUCCGGAGCAACUCGUGAGUGAUAACGCACCCCAGUUUACAUCUGAUGAAUUUCAGAUGUUCCUCAAGCGCAACGGUGUGAAACACAUCACAUCUGCCCCAUAUCAUCCCGCAACAAAUGGCCUCGCUGAACGGUUUGUGUAG